AGCACAGGCCCUAUAUAUGCAGGCUGUCGCGGUCGUUUGCGAGUACACAGGCGUCACAGAGGUUCGAAGCCCACGGCCGACGCACCAUGAGAGAGCUCAAGAGCAAAGACUUCUGGAGGGCCGUCCUGGCCGAGCUGGUCGGCAUGACCCUUUUCAUUUACCUCAGCAUCUCCUCGGCUAUCGGGAACAAGAACAACGGCAACCCGGACCAGGAGGUGAAGGUGUCGCUGACCUUCGGGCUGGCCAUCGCCACGCUGGCCCAGAGUCUGGGCCACAUCAGCGGAGCCCACCUGAACCCGGCGGUGACCUUCGGGAUGCUCGCCAGCUGCCAGAUCAGCGUGUUCAAGGCGGUCAUGUACAUCGUGGCCCAGAUGCUGGGCUCGGCUCUGGCCAGCGGCAUUGUGUACGGGGCCCGUCCCAGUACCACGGACGCACUGGGGCUCAACUCUCUCAACGGUGUCACUCCCAGCCAAGGCGUGGGCAUAGAGCUCCUGGCGACCUUCCAGCUGGUGCUGUGUGUUAUUGCGGUGACUGAUAAAAGGCGGCAUGACGUCACCGGCUCCGCCCCCUUGGCCAUCGGCCUCUCGGUCUGCCUGGGACACUUGGCAGCUAUCAGCUACACGGGCUGCGGCAUCAACCCCGCUCGCUCCUUCGGUCCGGCUUUGAUCCUGAACGAUUUCACGAACCACUGGGUGUACUGGGUGGGGCCGAUGUGCGGCGGCCUGGCGGCGGCUCUCAUUUACGACUUCCUGCUGUUCCCCAAAUUCGACGACUUCCCCGAGCGCAUCAAGGUCCUGGUGAGCGGGCCGGUGGGCGACUACGACGUCAACGGGGGCAACGACACCCAAACCGUGGAGAUGACGUCGAAAUAGUGUCCAGUCCGGACCGCAACCACAUGUACAUGUUUAUUCUCCUGUAAAAAAUACAACUAUACAAAAAAAAAAAAAAAGAUCUUAAAUUUAAUGUAGGAUCUCAGUGUAUUUUUGUGCUAUUUUUGUAAACACCAAUGAGGACUGUGGCGACGGGUCAGUCAGUGUCUCUCUGAGGUAGAAUCCACUCCCAUAUCAGUAUUCUAAUGAUGAGCCAUUGUCUUUGUUUUUUUUUUGUGUGUAUACUCUUAUGUGUCUAUAUCACGUUUUUUUUUUUUAUUUCUGAAUAUUUUGUGUGCGCACUCUUGAAAUGUCUCUCCCAUUUUUUUAAAGUAAAAUAAAACACUUUGUUGUUAA